CCUGUAACAGGACUUCUACCAUCGAGCAGCUACCUUCAAGCGGAUAGAAAACGGAUAGAUAAUAAUUAUUCCAAUAACUGCAAUUGUUGGUUCAUCAUUUUAAAUACUCAAAAAGUCAGACGUCAAUGGGAUUUGUCUUUUGCUGUAGAAGGGAAUUAUAUGCCCGGUUGGGCAAGUAAAUGAAGUUAAAGUGAAAUGGCCAGUGACUCCCAGUCUCAACAAGAACACGCUAAGCUGUAUCAGCUUUGUCUAAGAGUUCAUUCAGCUAAACUAAAAGAGGCUACUAGCAGUUUAUUUGCAAGCAAGCCAGACACAUAUGUCUCAUUGACAGUUGAUGCAAAGAACACUCGUAAAACAGAAAUUAUCAAGAAAUCAUGGAACCCAGCAUGGAAGGAGGACUUCACAAUCCUUGUUGAACCCAAGUCUAAACUCAACUUCAAGGUUUACUUCCAUCAUUUGGUUAAAAGUGACAGCUUGUGCUACAGCGCCACCUUGGAUAUUCUUCCUCUGCUUCUUCAACACAACGGGAAAAUUAUUGAUUUCGAAUAUAAACUGCAGUUGAAGUCAGAAGGGAAGUCAGGUAGAGGAUCAGAACUACUGUUAAAAUUGCUACGAAUAGCAGUCGAGGAGAGAGACUUAGCACCAUUUAGACAAACUCUUCAAAAUGGCAAUGGUGACAUCAGUCGAGGAAGUCCAAGACCCUCUACUCACCCGCUAAUUACAGGCACAACAGCAACCACAAAUGAGGCCCGGGGUCAAACAAAUGAUUCUCCAUCUGCAAGAAGGAAUAGGGCUGCACCUAACAACAACUCCCUGCCCCCAGUGAAUCGUGCCCCAGCACCCCCUACUAGACUGCUCCCUCCUCCUCCACCAUCAUCAAGUGGGACAACUACUACAACUACACCAUCUGUAUCACAAACUAAUGGCGGCACACCUACGCCCCCACCGAAUUCAAACACCGCAGGCAGUGAAGGCCUACCACCCGGGUGGGAGAGGCGCACAGACCAACAAGGAAGAGCUUAUUAUGUAGAUCACAAUUCUCAUUCUACGACAUGGACAAGACCGCAGCCACUGCCUUCCGGAUGGGAAAGACGACACGAUCCACAAGGACGUGUCUAUUACGUUGACCAUAACACACGUACUACCACAUGGCAACGACCAACCAAUGAAUCGGUAAGGACGUUCCAGCAGUGGCAGAUGCAGCAUCAACAACUCCAAAACCCAGCUGUACAGCAGUUGCAUUCGCGGUUGUACUUGCCGGGUGUUGUAGAUUCUAGUGACCCCCUAGGACCUUUACCUCAAGGAUGGGAAAAGCGUAUAGAUCAGCAUGGUAGGAUAUAUUUUGUGAAUCACCUUACAAGAACCACACAGUGGGAAGAUCCAAGAACUCAAGGAUCACAAGAACAACACACUGAGGAGCCACUGCCAGAGGGAUGGGAGAUACGCUACACAAAGGAAGGUAUAUUGUACUUUGUAGAUCACAAUACAAGGGCCACAACAUUCCAAGAUCCAAGGCCAGGAGCCACUAAAGGGCCAAAGGGAGCCUAUGGUGUACCAGCUGCAUAUGAGAGGAGUUUUCGGUGGAAAUUAGGCCAAUUCCGAUACCUUUGUCAAAGCAAUUCAUUACCGAGUCAUGUCAAGAUUAGCGUUUCUAGGAGUACAUUGUUUGAAGAUUCCUUUCACCAGAUAAUGAGACUACAGGCAUAUGAUCUACGUAGGAGACUUUACAUUAUCUUCCGAGGAGAGGAAGGUUUAGAUUACGGUGGAGUAGCAAGGGAAUGGUUUUUCACGCUUUCUCAUGAGGUGUUGAAUCCAAUGUAUUGUCUUUUUGAGUAUGCCAGUAAGAAUAACUACAGCUUGCAAAUAAAUGCUGCGUCAUCCGUCAAUCCAGAUCACCUGCAUUACUUCAAGUUUGUCGGACGCUUUAUUGCCAUGGCUCUGUAUCAUGGUAAGUUUAUCUACAGUGGCUUCACCAUGCCUUUCUACAAGCGUAUGCUAAGUAAAACACUGACUCUUAAGGACUUGGAAACUAUCGACCCUGAGUUCUACAACUCCUUAGUUUGGAUUAAGGAAAAUGAUGUUGAAGAAUGCGGCCUUGACAUGUACUUCACUGCAGACUUUGAAAUACUUGGGAAGUUGGAGUCUCAUGAUUUGAAAGAGGAUGGCGCAAAUAUUGCUGUCACUGAAGAAAACAAAGAUGAAUAUAUACAUCUGAUGACUCAAUGGCGAUUUAGCCGUGGGAUUGAUGAGCAGAUGAAGUCAUUUCUUGAAGGGUUCAAUGAAGUUGUCCCUCUGCAGUGGCUACAGUACUUUGACGAAAGAGAAUUAGAGUUAAUGCUGUGUGGAAUGCAAGAAUUUGACAUUGAAGACUGGCAAAGGAAUACUAUAUAUCGGCACUAUACACGAGAUAGUAAACAAGUGCAAUGGUUUUGGCGUGCUGUUAAGGAAAUGGAUAACGAGAAGAGAUCUCGCUUACUACAGUUUGUCACAGGAACUUGUCGUCUACCAGUCGGGGGAUUUAGUGAACUUAUGGGAAGUAACGGUCCACAGAAAUUUUGUAUUGAGAAGGUUGGUAAAGAAACGUGGUUGCCAAGGAGUCAUACUUGUUUUAAUAGAAUUGACUUACCUCCUUAUAAGAACUAUGAGCAGUUAUGGGAAAAACUAAGCUUUGCCAUUGAAGAAACUGAAGGCUUUGGCCAGGAGUAGGAUUCAACAGGCAA